GCAACCUUGGGGAUGGCGGGGAUCGCCGGUUCGCGUGGGGUGCCCCCGAUGCGGGUGCUGGAGGAGGCGCUGGGCAGUGACCCGAUGCCCGGGGAAGACAUGGAGGAGGCGUUAGCCACCGAGGGGGCUUACUACCUGGAGAAGGUCACCAUAACUGAAACAUCUGAAGACGACUAUGAAUAUGAAGAGAUCCCUGAUGACAAUUUCAGCAUUCCAGAAGGUGAAGAAGAUCUGGCAAAGGCAAUGCAUAUAGUUCAAGAGCAAGACACAGAUAUUCAGAUUUUGGAGCAGAAAACAAUUCUUCCUCCAAGUCAUGUAGUCCAUGAAGCAAUAGAAGACUUUCUCUGCAAUUUCCUGAUCAAAAUGGGAAUGGCCAAGACACUGGAUUACUUUCAGGCUGAAUGGUAUGAGUUAAUCCAGAAGGGAGGAACUGAUCUUAGAUCUGUUGGGACUGUUCCAGAUGUCUACAGCCAGGUUAUGCUUUUAGAGAAUGAGAACAAAAAUUUGAAGAGAGAUUUGAAGAACUUCAAACAGGCAGCUGACAAGGCUAGAAAAGAACUUCUUAAAACUCAGAAAGAACGUGAUUUUCAUCGAAUGCAUCAUAAACGAAUAGUACAAGAAAAAAACAAAUUGAUUAAUGACCUCAAAGGGCUGAAGUUACAUUAUGCAUCUUAUGAGCCAACUAUAAGGGUGUUACAUGAGAAGCACCAUGCUUUGCUGAAGGAGAAAAUGCUGACCUCCUUGGAAAGAGACAAAGCUGUUAGGAAGAUUUCUGGGCUCCAGGCAACACUGAAGAACACAGACAAAGGGCAUACUCACGUUCCUGUAGUCAAAGGUGAUUAUAGUUCUGAGAGAGAAAAUAAGUCAGAAGGUCCUACUCAAAAAUAUCUUCACCAAGCACGGGAAAAUGGAUAUAAAGCAAAAAUGAAAGAUGAGAGAAAGGAUUCAGAAUUCCCCAUAGAUAUGCAACCAGAUCCAAAUUUGAGUUUAUGUAAAGAAAAUCUUUGUCCAGCAAAAUUUGACUACAAGCUGCAUAAUAUUUUUAGACUUCAUGAACUCCCAGUGAGCUGUAUUGUCAUGCACCCCCGCAAAGACAUCCUGGUUUCCUGUAGUGAGGAUCGCCUCUGGAAGAUGGUGGGUCUCCCAAAGGGCAACGUACUUCUCACGGGAUCCAGCCACACCGACUGGCUGUCAGACUGCUGCUUCCAUCCCGGUGGUAACAAGUUGGCUACUUCAAGUGGAGACACUACAAUUAAAUUAUGGGACUUGUCAAAAGGUGAAUGCAUUUUGACCUUUGAAGGACACAGACAUGCGGUAUGGUCCUGCACAUGGCACUCCGGUGGUGAUUUUGUGGCAUCUGCCUCACUGGAUAUGACUAGCAAAAUCUGGGAUGUCAAUAGUGAGCGAUGCAGAUACACUUUGUAUGGACACACAGAGUCUGUAAACAGCAUUGAAUUUUUUCCUUUCUCCAACACUCUUCUCACUGCUUCUGCAGACAAGACUCUGUCCGUGUGGGAUGCACGAACGGUUAUUAUUGAAGAUAAUGAAUGUGGAAACCUCUCAGCUAGUAUGUAA